UGUACUUGGGCUCAACUCAAGGACUGGGCUUUGUACUUGGGCUCAACUCAACGGUUAUCUCCAGGAAAUGGAGCCAGUGUCAGAGGCAGUGAUUGGCAUUGACCUUGGUACAUCGAACUGCUGUGUGGCCGUCUUUCACAAUGGCAUGGUGGAAGUCAUUCCUAAUGAGACUGGGUCUCGCACAACACCAUCUUUUGUUGCUUUCACCGACUCGGAGCAGGAAUGUCUGGUCGGGGAGGCUGCAAAGAGGUACGGUCAAAAGCAUCCAGAGCAAUGCAUAUAUGAAGUCAAACGCCUGAUGGGUAAAGCAUUCCUGGAUGCGGAUGUGCAGAUGGACUUCCGACGAUGGCCAUUCAAAGUAGUAGCAGGGCCAUCAAGGGAGGCACUAAUAGAAGUUCCGCGACUUCCUCAGAGCUAUGGAAAGCAUGGAAGGCACUUCAGGCCAGAGGAAAUCUCUGCAAUGCUGCUGAAGGAGAUGAAGAAGAUUGCAGAGGAUUUCACCAAUCACCCUAAUAUAAGGGACGCAGUGAUUACUGUUCCUGCCUAUUUUAAUGACAGUCAACGACAAGCAACAAAGGACGCGGGCGAGAUGGCAGGCUUGAAUGUGCUGCGAUUGAUAAAUGAGCCAACUUCUGCAGCUAUGGCAUAUGUUCAUCAAAGGGUGAUAGGAACAAACUGUCAAGACAAGAGGAUCCUAGUGUUCGACCUAGGGGGUGGAACAUUUGAUGUUUCCAUUAUCUCAGUGACAUCGGGAACUGACCUAGUUUCCAGGUUUGUUGUGAAUGGAGUGGCAGGAGAUGGCCAUCUAGGCGGUGCAGAUUUUGAUAGUAGAGUUGUCUGGUUCUUGGCCAAUGAAUUCAAGAAGGAAACUGGGCAUGAGGUCCUCAACAACCAACGGAGUCUGCUGAAGUUGAAGCAGGCAGCCGAGGUAGCCAAGCAUGGACUCUCCAGUGUGCUUUCGGUAGACGUAGAUGUGGAGCGCGUUCAUGGGGAGCAUGAUAUUCAGAUGGAGUUACCCCGGGCACAAUUCGAAUUACUGAUUGAAGACCACAUGACAAAGUGCUUGGCUGUGGUUCGAGAAGCCCUGGGUAUAGCAAAUGUUAGUGAAGCAGACAUUGCGCACGUCGUUCUUGUGGGUGGUUCCACACGGAUUCCCCGUGUCAGAGACAUGCUGGCACAAUUCUUUGGGAGACAGCCUCUACUGUGUACGAAUGUGGACGAAGCUGUGGCCUAUGGGGCGGCUCUAAUGGCCGGACUUCUGGGAAGCAGGUGUGACGAGGCUCCAGCCAUAUCGGUUGAAGACGUUGCAACACUGAGCAUUGGAGUGAAAUCGAACCUUGAUCAGAUGAACGUGAUCAUACCAAGGAACACUCUCCUUCCUGCCACAGGAUCAGAGUGCUUUUCAACGUCCUUCGAUUACCAGACAAGUUUGUCAUUUCACUUGUACGAAGGCGAACGGGCAUUGUGCAGCUACAACCGCUUCCUUGGUGUGUUUCAACUGCAGGGUAUCCCUCCCAUGAGAGCAUCAGGUCAACCAGUUGUGCGGCUCAUUCUGAACGUGGAUGGAAAUGGGAUUCUCCAUGCCAGAGCUGAGGCAACUGGACUCGUUGGAUUCAUAUCUGCUGAGUCUACUUUCAACGGGAGUCUUGAUAAGGAGAAAGCUUCAAUGAUAGUUCAAGAGGCCCAGUCAUCAAGACAAACGGAUGAUGCAAUCAGAGAGGCAUUUUGUGAACGGCAGAGACUCCGGGACUUAGCCCUGCAAAUGAGGGACGAGUUGCCUGUCAUUAUGCCACCAAGCAAGCGGGAAUUGAUGACACAAAGAACUAACGAAGUGUUAACGUGGUUGAGUUACGAGCAACAUUUGGCAAGAACGGAGGAUUACAGAGGACUGUACGAAAUGCUUAUGACAGCCAGACAUGCAGUUGCCGAGCCUCCUCAAGAUUGCGCAUGCUGCCCGUGCAUUCGGAUAUGAGAUAACCUGUUUUCACUUCGGCUUUUCCUUCAAUUCUGUGGUAUUGUACCUUCUUAUGCUCUUAAUCUUGCCCAUCUUCUCCU